GGAUGUGUAUUUGAGUGCCGUUGUAAAGGCGACACACCGAAACUUCAUCUGCUGCCUGUGUUGUUGUCUGGCCCGGCGAGUGAGUGUCUGUCUCACUUGUCUCGUGUCGGCUCCGCGUUUUCACAAUGAUGUUUAAAAGGAAACUGACGGCGCUGGACUAUAUGAACCCCGACAACUUCAAUAUAAAUGAUGAGAAGAGCUUCCGGGAUCUGGUGGUGUGGCUGGAGGACCAGAAAAUUCGCCACUACAAGAUUGAGGAUCGUGGAGCCCUGAAAGGGGUGGAGGAAGCGGACUGGGUCACUGCUUACCAAAAAUACCUGGGCAGCCUCAACUGUCCCGUCAACCCUAACGCACGUCCGGCUGUAUUGGAUUGGCUGCUUGGUCUGGCAGUGCGCUUUGAAUAUGGUGACAAUGCUGAAAAAUACAAGAGUGAAACAGCAGAAAAUGUUAGGAAUCGGCAGAAAUCUGGUCCCAAGAUGGUUAAUACAAAUCCUCUGGAUGCUUUAGACUUCCAAAGCUCAGAAUUCAGAGAUGGAGUCAACAGACUGGCAGGUCAGCUUGGAGUCACCCAACACCCUGAUCACCUGGUGACCCUGAAAGCCAUUAGCAAGUUGAUCACCUCCAGACUCUCUGCUGAAGCAAUACAAAGUCCAGGCGAAGUGAUUCACCAGGGCAAGGCUUACCCCAUCUUUGAGGCUGACCUUGGCUUUGAGACGGGUGAUCCAGUGCUGAACAAUGCUGGGAAGGCCCUGCGACUCAUGUACAUCCAUGACCUGCGCAAUCUCCAAACCCGCAUCAAUGAAAGCAUAGUGGCUGUUCAGACCAUUACUGCCAACCCCAAAACCGACACAAAGUUGGGUAAAGUGGGGCGUUAAGCACUCCUCCAUAAACACUCAUUCCCAGCUUAGAAGAAAGGAUAAUGAUGCUCUCCCUGUAAUGAUGAGAAGCAAACUACCAAAGGACAUGCCAUUCAGUGUUUUGGUGUGGCUUGUGUUGUCUCACUAGCACCUGCAUAUUUGAACUGACCAAGAUAUGACUGUGCCUGUGUAAUAACCCGUACAUGUAUGGCCUGAUUCUGAUAUUAUAGUCUAUUCUGGAUAUUCAUCAUAUUGCAAAGUUAAAAUUAUGAGUUUUGUUAUUUCUGUUUCACUAAGUUCUGCUCACCAGCAAGCUAUUUCUGUUAGCUUAUUUUCAUGUGCCAUGAUUUGUACUCAGGCAUAUAUGGGCAACCAUUUUUCUCAAACAAAAAAAGUUUAUGGCUUAACUAAUGUUAUUCCAUGCAUGCACAACGUUUUUAUAUAUAUUGUGUGUACAUUAGUAUAAUGCUGAAGACUUUUGCUCACUUGAAUCUAUUUGAUUUAUAUCUAUCAAAAUUAUUGAAUUGAUAGAGGGAUGUAAAAUUUCACUCAAGCUCAGUAAAGGAAUUUGUAACAUUAGAAAUUCAGUUUCUCUCUCCUCAGUAUUAAACUUUUAGCGUCAUUGAAAAGGUUAAUACAGCUAACUCAUUAUAUGAUCAGGAUGCUCUCCCCAAAACUAAGUAGUAAACAAUCUCUCAGGUGAACCUUACUAUAUAACACUUGUAAACAGAGAUGAGGGUAUAUGCUAAGCUGUGCCAGAAUCAAACACAAGCCAGUGGAUUCAUAGCUAGGCAUGCUAACUACUACACCACAAAGAUGUUUACUCAUGCAACAGCUUUUAACAACUUCACUAUGAAUUAGCAUAUCAUUGUCCAACUAUCCUUACCAAAGAAGCCACUCACCAGCUUAUGUAUAAUGGGACAAACAAUCUUAUUCAUAGUGUUAAUGAUUUUCAGUUGGGAGAAGAAUCAUUUAUUUUAUGACGCUGAUUACAAUAAAAAACAUUAUGCAUUA